AUCCUUUAUAUGUUCUGGGAGUGCUAGGCUGAUACAGUGUCAGCUGCUGAAGCUACAUUAUAAGUAUUCACUGGAAAACCUGUGACUGUGGCUAUAGGUAAAGCGGCUGUCAGACAUGGAAAUACUCUGAUACAGGUUGUGGAUCGAGGCAAGCACUCAGAGCAGCCACAUGUUGAGUGUCAGCCUCCGCAGAGCAGCUCAAGAGAAUCAAUCAGCUCCCCUGAAGGCACGGGCAGAUCAGGCUCAUGCCUAGGACUUUACCCAAAAAACGACAGGCAAAGGCAGAGCUCUUGUGCAGGGACAUGCAGUAAGACAUGUGACGUGAGAGAGGCUUGAGUUGUUUUCACUAGCUUCAGCUCCUGAGCUGCUGCCCUCUGCAGAGCAUGCUGCAGGAAGCCAGACUCCAGGGACACAGCCGCACGUGAUCCGACCCACGUCCGCCUCCACCGGGAAGGAGCCCACAGCCCUGCUCACAGCAGAUGAAGACAAACCUGUCUUGGUUGCUGCAGCUGCACCAGCUCUCUGCCACCAGCUCCGAAAGACCAGCACAGACUCCACAGGUUGUGGAUCAGUCUUCUUUCUCUUCUUCCUCACAUCUAGGAGCUCAAUCAUUUUAUGUUGUGCUUGGACUGAACACAAGGCUGCUAAAAUUGGCCUCCUACUCUCUUGCCCAGCAUUCCCCAGGCCUCAGGAAUGGCAGCUCUUCACAAUGGGUUGCUGCAGCGAGACCAGAAGGAUGGUGAUCUGUUUGUUUUAAUGCGGAAGUGGAUCUCACAGCUUAGUACAAAUAAAACAAACAAAGAAUUUAGCUGCUCAUGGUGACUUUGUAUUUUGAAGAAGUGAGAGGGAAGUCCCAUUUGCUCAAGAAAAAAGGAUGUUAAGCAUGGUCUUCCUUGAUUUCAAUAAAGGACCAUUGCAGGGAGCCAUGGAUAUUUGUUUCUAAAUGUGCUUAAUGGACAGACCAGCAACAUGGAUGACUUAGAGAUAAAUACUGAAGUCACUGGUGCUAAAGAAGAAGAAGAAAUUCUGUGUGGUGAUAAUUUCAUAUCUGAGGAAGAAGGUGGCAUUCCUAAAUCACAAGAGAGUGACACGUCAUUUCAGAAGAACAAUACACUGACUCUGCCUGGGGAGCUAUCAAGGGACUUAUCUGAAAAAGCCUUAAGUGGAGGCCAGACUUCUCUAUUUAUACACACUGGUGCUCCUACUGUUUCUAGUGAAAACUUUAUCUUGUCUAGAGGAACUGCUGUUAAUGGACCAGUUUCACACUCCACCUCAACUAAGACUUCCAUUAUGAAUAAAGGCAGUGUUUCAUUAACCACUGGACAGCCUGUAGGUCAUCAUACAGAUUCCUGCUCAACUUUGACAGUGGUUCAAGACCUUCAGCUGCCUGCAAAGAGUACAACACAAAAAUCAAAUCAGCACCAAGUUUUAUUUUUGUUACCUGAUGUAGCGCAUGCUAAGAACGUGACUCAUUCCAUUAAAAAUCUACCUACCUCUGCUUCAAUUGGUUGUGAUUCACAGAAAUCAGUAGGUAAUAGUGUAGAUAGCACUUUAGUAGGCCAAGUAGAAGUUUGUGAGGAUGAUAAAAAUUUACUGGUAAAAGAUGAUUGUGUUGAUACAUUAACAGGCAUUUCCUCAGGUACAGGUGGUUUCAGAUCGACAUGUGAUCCCAGCUGGGAUCCACAGAAAGAGUUUAUACAGUUUCUUAUGACAAAUGAAGAAACAAUAGAGAAGUCUCCAAUUCACUGUAAAGUAGGUUUAGAAAAAAAGAGAAAAAGAAAAAUGGACGUUAGUAAAAUAACACGCUAUACUGAAGACUGUUUUGGUGAUACAGGUUAUAUUCCUAGUAAAUCAAAACUGCUAAGUGUUGACUUCUUAGAACAGAAUGAAGAGCUACAAAUGGUAGAACCACAACAAUAUUCAUUGAAUAAAGUAAAGCCUGAAUCCACAGAUGAAGAGCUGGAAGCUGUUGAUGCUAUCCAACAACUCAUUUAUAGUCCCACUGGUAGCUGUGCAGAAGAUGCUUCUCCUGUUCACACUAGCACUUUUCUUUCCAAUACUUUAAAAAAUAAAUGUGAACAGAAUGAUUCUGAAUCACCAUCUACUUUCAGUACCGAUGAACCAUCAUUUUAUCCCUGUACAAAGUGCAAUGUGAAUUUUAGGGAGAAAAAACAUCUGCAUAGGCAUAUGAUGUACCAUUUAGAUGGGAACAGCCAUUUCCGACAUCUCAAUGUCCCGCGGCCCUAUGCAUGUAGGGAAUGUGGAAGGACAUUUCGAGAUCGUAAUUCACUUCUUAAACAUAUGAUAAUUCACCAGGAAAGAAGGCAGAAACUGAUGGAAGAAAUCCGUGAGCUUAAAGAACUUCAGGAUGAGGGUAGGAGUGCACGGUUACAGUGUCCCCAAUGUGUAUUUGGUACUAAUUGUCCCAAAACAUUUGUGCAGCAUGCAAAGACCCAUGAAAAAGAUAAAAGAUACUAUUGCUGUGAGGAAUGCAAUUUCAUGGCUGUGACAGAAAAUGAACUUGAAUGCCAUCGAGGGAUUGCUCAUGGAGCAGUAGUCAAAUGUUCCAUUAUUGGUAGUGACAUGUCCCAGAGGAAAUCACAGAAAAAGGCAUCCAUGAAAGAUCCAUAUUUAGGAUCCUCAAAGAAGUCAGCAACAUACAUGUGUAAGAUGUGUCCAUUUACAACUUCGGCUAGAAGCAUUUUAAAAAAACACAUGGAAUACCUGCAUCCAACAUCUUGCAUCGAUCCCUUUCGUAGCCAUCUUAGACUAGAAAAGAGGAAAGGCAGCAUUAUAGAAGAAUCUUUAGAUUUUGGUAGCAGGACAAAACAGUUGAUGAAACAAUCUUCUACAUUUCCAAAGAACUCAGUUUUAAAACAGGAUGUAAAAAGAUCUUUUGGCUCUACUUCACAGUCCAGUAACUUCACCAAACUUCACAAGAGACCCUACAGGAUACAGAAGGCCCGGAAAAGCGUUUCACAGUCAUCUAAACUUAACUCUGCUGAAAAAAAAGACAGCUAUGAAACGGAGGAUGAAAGUUCAUGGGAUAAUGUUGAACUAUGUGAUUACACUACACACUCUGUGGAGGAUGAAUCUUACAGUGAUAUUAAUCAGGAACAUGUAAGCCUAUUCCCUAUAUUCAAAGGUAAAAUAGAAGAUCAUGAAGCUGUUGAUAAAUCUUCGCUUAGUUACGAGCAGAAUGAUGGCUUUUAUUUUGAAUAUUAUGAAGAUGCUGAGGGUAGUAACUUCCUCCGUGAGCUGCAUGAUCCUCAGAAUUUAGAAAAUGUAGGAUCAGCAUUGCCAAAACAUAAUUCAGUUUUCCAUUGGACUGAUUUGUCGCUUGAAAAGAAGUCCUGCCCAUACUGCCCAGCAACCUUUGAAACAGGUGUUGGAUUGUCCAAUCAUGUCAGAGGGCAUCUUCACAGAGCUGGAUUGAGCUAUGAAGCCCGUCAUGUUGUUUCACCAGAACAGAUAGCAACGAGUGACAAAAUGCAACAUUUUAAAAGAACUGGAACAGGAACUCCUGUUAAGCGUGUUAGAAAAGCUUUAGACUGUAAGCAAAAGAAGUCAAGGUCAAGAUCUGGAAGCAAGAAAAAAAUGCUGCCAUUACCUCAUAGUGCUGAUGAAGUUUACAUACUCAGAUGCAGGUUUUGUGGUCUGGUCUUUCGAGGACCUUUGUCUGUUCAAGAAGACUGGAUAAAGCACUUGCAGCGACACAUUGUCAACGCAAAUCUUCCACGGACUGGAGCUGGCAUGGUUGAAGUCACAUCACUACUUAAAAAACCUGCUUCAAUUACUGAAACUUCAUUUUCUUUACUGAUGGCAGAAGCAGCAUCAUAGAACAAGGAAACAUUUUAAAUUUGAAUUGGAUGUAAAUUUGAAAUACUUCGUCAUUUUUUUAAAUAAGUUGUUACACUAAAUUAUGUUUAUAAAUCCUAAAGACAAAAAUAGAGGAAGUGGAUUACAGUAACAUCAAAAUAAAUUGAAUACUUAACAGUUACAGUAAGUAGUCUUUAUAUUUUAUAUAGGGUGGAAGAUGUGUUUUUAAGGUUUAUUAUGUUUUUGUCAGUUACUGUGUUCACUAUCAAUACAAAACCAUUACGUGUAUGGCAGCCAUUUUUAAAUCGUUGCACAUGGGUACUUAAGACAGAUUUUAAUAAAAACAAAGAAACCAUGUUCUCUGCAGUGUUACCCAAAUCAAGGCUCUGUUUAUUCCAAAAAGAAUUACAUAGUAAAAUAAGAUAUUAUUAUAUUUUGUUUGUAUGUAUGUAGUGUUUUGUAUAAUACCAAGAACUGCUAAUACAAUUUACUCAAAUUAGGGCAUUAAAUACCAUGUACUUCAUAGUUCAAGAGACUGUUUCAUUCAAAUAGGGCAAUUAGUACUCUUCUAUCUAGGUGUGUAAGUGUUUUUUUUAAAUCACAUGAGGCUUUUUGUACUAAAAAGUGGAGGGAAACUUGUUUAAACAAAUUUCUAAGAUAAAUAUGUACAUAAUACUGGAAAUUUGUGGUAAGGAAAUAUUCUUUACUUCAGUUGCAUUUCUCACUGACAACAAAGUGGUGCAUCCAUGCUACCUCCUACUUGUCAACAAAGAUGGUAUUUACCCUUAUGUUUUUGUAUCAUAGUAGAUUCAAUCCAACUUUCUUUAUUACAAAGCAUCUUGUUAACAAGUUUGUUUCUUUAUGAUGAUUUACUUAAGGUCUGACAUGCUUACAGAAGUUUCCUCUCUACUAUUUUAUUUAACACUGUAGAAAUGUACUAGUAAGCAUCGCUCACUACAUGGUUAGAGUAGACUUUUCAUUUAUUAUUCUGUUUAAAAGAUUGAUCAUUUUAGAAAAUUUGAACACAGAUGGAAAUGUUUCUACAUAUGAAGAGAAUGUUUACAACUUAAAUUUUAGAGCUUGUUUUGGAUGUGAUUAUAUGUAUGAAAACUGUAACACUAUGCUCAUGCUAAGGACCUACUUACAGAAUUACUGAAAUAAAUGUGCUGUGAGGAUGGAAAUACGGUGCAGGUGUCUUGGUCAUGCUGAAUUGUGUUUGUUCAUUCAAGCUGUCUUCAGAAAACGAUUUUUGUUUAAAUCAUAAGUCAGAUUCCUCUACAAAUCAAUUUUGUAUGCAAGUAACAUUUCAUUUUACUCAUAUAGGGUAACUAAUACUGUAGUUAAGCCAAGGAUAUGCAUUGAUAUUUUCUUUAUAUGUAAAUAAAGUUAAAAGCAGUUAAAACAAGAGGAGUAUUUUGGUAGAGUAUAUACAUACCUCACUGCCAGUGAAAUUGCUUUCCUAUGGUAUAUCUCCUUACCAGAAAAAAUCUCUAAAUAAAAAGGUUUAAAGAAAAUCUACAUGUCUAUAAUGUGAAGCGUUUAUUUGCUUUGUGUGAAUUAAGUUUGUGAAACUGAUUUGUCUUGACGAGAUUAAAAUACUCACAUGAUCUUAAGUAAAAAUACAUUUACUUGCAAUAAAA